AUGUCUCGAGUAUAUAAAAAACCAACAGUAAUUCGAGUUUUGACAAAAGAUUUACCUCCUCCAAAAUCUGCUCUCAAUCGUCCAAAAACUUCACGACCUUCUUCACUUAAUAUAAAACCUCAUAAUCUUAUUCGUCUACCUCGUAGAAGUCGUUCAAAUCCUUACCCAAAUCGUAAUCAAGAACGAAAUACUUUGAUCGAAAUUAACUUAGAAGAUAUUCGACCAUUAGAAAAAGGAAGUGAAACUCCGUCAUCCGUUUUUACUCGAGGCCGUGUCGAACCAUCGGCAGAAACAGUUUAUGUUAAUGAAAAAGAUGAAGCAAAAAAAAACAAAUCUCGAAAAAGAUGUGCAUUUACAAAAAAUACAUGCCUGUUUUGCAUGGUAGCGGCUUUUGGUCUUAUUGUUAUAAUAGCGUUAGCAGCAGCACUUGGUAUUACUGUUUCCAAUAAAAAUAAUUCUCAAAUAACUAGUACAAUGACAACAGCAACAACAACAACAGCAACUACAACCACAUCAACUACAUCAACAACUACAACAAGUACAACAACAACAACUACUAGUACAUCGACAACAUCAACAACAACUACAACAACGACAGCAACAACGACUACUACAACAACAGCAACAACAGCUACAACAACAACAGCAACAACAACAACAAAAACAACGAAAACAACAGCAACAACAACUACAGCAACAACAACCACAGCUACUACAACGACAAGUACAACUACAUCGGAAACUUCUGAUACUAUAGAAACUGAUACUAUUUCUGAUUCUGUAAUACUAUCAACUAUCAAAAGUAGUUCAACUGUCGCCGCAACGUCAGAAGCCAAUGCUAUAUCUGAUUCUAAUCUUAAACUCAAAACUAUAACUCAAUCAGAUUGGACAAUUUCAAUGUAA